AUGGUUUCAAACAAUGCUGUUCCGAUGAAGUUAGAAAGUUCUGACAGAAGAUAUGUAGUUGUCAGAACGUCAGAUUCUCAUAUGCAAGAUACAGAAUAUUUUGACGACUUAGCAGAAACUUUGACAUCUGACUUUUACAACCACUUGUUCUCAUAUUUCAUGACAUUAGAUAUUUCUAAGUUCAAUCCAAGACAAAUUCCACAUACCGAAGAGAGACAAACAUUGUUAGAAGCAAACAAGAGUGUAUAUGAACUGUUCAUAGAAGAAAGCGACUUUGAGUGUUUAGAUGAAAAGUCUUUAUAUGAUGAAUAUAAACAAUAUUGUCAAGAAUAUGGUUAUAUGGCAGCUUCUAAACGUACAUUCUUGGCAAAUGUCAAAAGUCUUUUAGACGUACAGAAUGGUGUAUAUACAAAGAAAAAUUUUUAUGAGUAA